UUAUAACGUAAAUUGUGAUUGUCCGUAAGGUAAAGUCAUAUUAUUACGGAGUCGGUAUAAAGUUAUUAAUGCAAUUGCUGGACCUUUCUGUUACUGGUGAAAACUACAGGUUUUUCUACAAUUGUAACUUGGAUAAAAUGGAUUAUCGUCAAAAGGUAAGCACAAAUACAUUACAUACAAAAAAUGAUGAUGAAGAUGAUGAAGACUUGGAAGCUUUAAGACUAGCAGCUCUUCAAUCAUUAAGAACAAAGGACACUGUACAUAAUAAAAAACAGCCCCAAUCACAGGUACAAAAAAUAAUUCCAGAUCUAACACAAACAUGUCAUCCAUCAUAUAAAGGCCAGCGACCUUUAAGAAGAGGGUAUUUUCAUAACCGAAUACAACAGCGACAAAAUGGCAAUUUAUACUAUCAGAGCCCACGUAAUCCAAAUUUGAUAGCAAUAGUUCCUGUAGAUGAACGUUCUGUGUUGCAACAAACUGAGUUAGCUUGUUCAGUAGAAAAGGCAGCUCCAAGUAUUGAAUCUUAUUCGACUGAAGUAACAAAAUUUCAUCGUUUUAAAGACAAUGGGAGUGGUUCAGAUGAAGAAGAUAAUAAAGAACAGAAAAAUACAGUUACAAAAACUGAAACUGUUGAGAAAGGUGCAGAUAUGAAAACAUCUUCUACAAUAGUUGAAAAUCAGAUGGAAACUACAGAAAAUUCGAAGAAAACAGAAGAAGAUCAAGAUGGAAUUAAUGAUGAUGAUGAUGAUAUCCUUUUAAUGGCUGAUCUCGAAGAAGAAGAUAGUUUAGAACGGUUAAUGGAUGAAAUGGAAAGGGAAAUAAACGUUGAUAAGCCGUCCGAAAGGAAAGAAAAGAAAAGUAACAGAAAAGAAAACAGGGAACCUAUAAAAAAGGAUGAGGCAGGCAAAAAUGUUAGUCAGAAAAAUAGAACAGAAGAAAGCAAUAUUCGAAAAGAGAGUUAUAGUCCAGCUCCAGCAGCAAUAAUUUUGAAGAAUGAAAGACAGUCUACAUCGCCACACGCAAUUAGUCGUAUUUCACAAAAACGUAGAUCGUUAUCGCCAAGGUCACGAUCAAGGAAAAAGUCACCUAGAAGAUCCCCUAGAAGAUCGCCCAUUAAACAUUCAAAAAAGUCUCAACGGGAAAUAACGAGGUACAGAUCACCUCGAAAAUCACCAAUACGAUAUUCUCCGCGUUCACGAUCACCUAAGCUCUCAUCGCGAUCGAGAUCACCACGAUUAUCUCCGCGUAGAUCUCCAAACAAAUCUCCAAUAAGAAGAUCACCUAUUAAGAGAUUGUCUCCAAGAGGAAGAUCUCCAAAACUUUCACCGCAUUCCAGAUCUCCUAGGCCAUUACGCUCACCUAAAGCAUCUUUAACUAAAUCUCCAAGAUUGGCACGAUCACGUUCUCCAAAAUUUUCGCCAGUUAGAUUAUCUCCUCAGUCUAGGUCACCUUUAAGAUUAAGGUCACCUAAGUUAUCCCCAAGACGAAUGUCGCCCUCUCGCAGAUUAUCACCUAAAUCAAAAUCUCCGGGAUUGUCUCCUCGAAGAGGAUCGUCACGUUUAAUGUCACCAAAAAUAUCACCGCGAAGAAUGUCACCUCGGUCGCGGUCACCAAGGCUAUCACCACGUCGAUCACCGUGGUCAUCACCAAGAAAUUCACCUCGUUUAUCUCCUAGACGAAAAAGAUCUCCAAGAUGGUCACCUAAAGAAUUGUCUCGAAAACAUGGACCACGAUCUAUUACACCAGAUGGAACUGAUAGUCCAUUGUAUACGAAAGAACCAUCGCCAGUAAUUAAAAGCAGAAUAUCUCCAGAAACAAAUCGUGUGAAAACGAAACAAAAAGAAGAAAAUUUGGAGAAAACUGUUAUAAUAGAAAAAGAAACUGUUGAUAUAAUUAAUGAUCCUGUGCUAGAAGCCAGGCGAAGAAAGUUUGAAUCCACAAGGCCUAUAGAUCCAAUAAAUGCUAAUAAAAAAAUCAAAUUAAGCAAAAAGGAAAACACAAGCAAGAAAGUAGAUUCUUUAGAAGGGGGAGAAGUACAGUCAGGAAAUGUAAGAAAGAUUAACAAAAUUACAGAGGAUUAUGAUAUUCAAGAAACAGAUUUGUGUUUAGACACUCAUUAUGAAUUUGACGAUUUUGAAGAAAGUAUGGAAAAUACUUCUCCCAUUGCUAUUACAAGCUCUGUUAAUUCGUGUGUAGACUUAGAGACUCAAAAAACAGAGAAAGAAAAAUCAUCGAAGAAAAAAAAGAAACGUGAUAAAGAAUUAUAUCAAGUGGGAAAAUUAAAAAAUGAACUUCCUCUUUCUGAGCGUAUUGGGAAAGAUAAGAAGUGUAAGAAACGCAAAGAUGUUACUUCGGAUGGAUCGAGUGAGGACAUGGACGCCAUUUUUGAAGAUUUAGUAGUUGAUAAAGAAAGUGAUUUACGAACUGAGUUAAGUAGAAGACGAGCGGAAAGGUUAAAUAGGACAGUGCCAAUUCAAUCUGCAAGAUUAGUGCAAUCUGCUUUUAAAGGAGUUGUGAAUGAAGUUGUCAAAAGUAAUGCAAAAGUGAAUCAAAGACAUUUAGUUAAGGCAGAUGAAAAAAAUGAAAGUACUAUAGAUUCAAAGGUGCCUGUGCGUUUUAGACUGGGUCUUAAUAAACAACUGCAAGAUAACAGGGAGUCAAAAGUUUCACGAAAGGUAUCUAAGAGGCAGGGUCGUAAGGUAAAACAUAAAACUAAUUUAGUUGUAACAAAUACUGAACAUAUUUUAUAG